AUGCCAGCUACAAAUGACACAACUGAUUUACCAUCAGAAACUAGCAUUGCUUUAGCAUUUUUAAUGAGCUUACUAACUUUUGCUAUAAUGGUAGGAAAUGCUGUGGUCAUUUUAUCUUUUGUGGUGGACAAAAACCUUAGACAUCAGAGUAAUAACAUUUUCCUUAACUUGGCCAUUUCUGACUUCUUUGUUGUCUCACAAGCCUGGAAGAAAGGGAAUGGGGAUUGUGAACCUGGAUUCUUUACAGAAUGGUAUAUCCUUGCCCUCAUGGUACUCUUGGAAUUCAUGAUCCCAGUCCUAUUAAUGGCUUAUUUCAACACGUGUAUUUCCUGGAGCCUAUGGAAGUGGGGUAAUCUCAGUAGGUGGCAUUCUAGAUUCACUUCUGUCUCUUCCAGUAGCUAUGGAUGCUCAUUCAGGAGUGGACUGUUUUCAAGGACAUCUUUUUCUAACCCAGAGGAAGCAGCAGCAUCCCUUCAUUCAGAGAAACCGAGAAGAAAGAGCAGGCUCUUGUUUUCCUCAAUAGCCCAGACAGAGAGUGUAACUGCUUCCAAAAUGGAAUCCCUCUCCCAUUCAGAUUCCCUAGUUCUUCAACAGAGGGAACAUCUUGAGCUGUGCAGAGGCAGGAAAUUAGCCAAGUCACUGGCCAUUCUCUUAGGUGUUUUUGCCAUUUGCUGGGCUCCCUACUCUCUGUUCACAAUUAUUCGUUCAAUAUCCCCCACAGACCUCAGUCUGUCAGCAACAGCUGUGUACGAGUUCACAUUUUGGCUUCAGAGGUUCAAUUCCUUUGACAAUCCUUUUUUGUAUCCGCUGUGUCACAAGCGUUUUCAGAAGGCUUUCUUGAAACACAAAAUAUAUUUUGUGUGA